UGACGCUGCUGCCGGCCGCGCCGUGCCGAGCCGUGCCAGAGCCGUGCCCGAACCGUGCCCAGCCGUGCUUGGACCGCACCGUGCCCGGACCUUGCCCAGCCGUGCCGUGCCGUGCCAGAUCCGAGCCGAGCCGAGCCUGAGCAGUGCCGGAUCGGGGCCGUGCCGGGAUGCAGCGAGCGGCAGCGCGGGCGCUGCGCGGGGCUCGGGUCCCCCCCGUGCGGGCGCGCUCGGCCUCGACCGGGCCCCCCCCGCGGGGGCUGCUCUACGAGCGGCACGGGGACCCCGCGGGGGUGCUGCAGCUGAAGGAGCUGGAGGUGCCCAGGCUGGGGCACUCGGACGUCCACGUCAAGAUGCUGGCGGCCCCCAUCAAUCCGGCCGACAUCAACAUGAUCCAAGGCACCUACGCCAUCCUGGCCCCGCUGCCGGCCGUGGCGGGGAACGAAGGCGUUGGGCGCGUGCUGGAGGUCGGCCCCGGCGUGACGGCGCUGAGACCCGGGGACUGGGUCAUCCCGGCUGAUGCUGGACUCGGGACGUGGCGGACGCAGGCAGUGUUCCCCGAGGCGAGCCUGCUGCAGGUGCCCAGCGACAUCCCGCUGCUGUGCGCCGCCACGCUCAGUGUCAACCCGUGCACGGCGUACCGCAUGCUGGCCGACUUCGAGAGCCUGGCGCCAGGUGACUCCAUCAUCCAGAACGCAGCCAACAGCGGCGUGGGCCAGGCUGUCAUCCAGAUCGCCAAAGCCACCGGCAUCAGGACCAUCAAUGUGGUCAGGGAUAGACCUGAUCUCCCGAAGCUGGUGGAGAGGCUGAAGGCCCUGGGUGCAGACCACGUCAUCACGGAGGACAUGCUGAGAAAGCCAGAAAUGAAAGAAAUAUUUAAGAGCAUCCCAAAGCCUCGGCUCGCCCUGAACUGCGUCGGAGGCAAGAGCACGACGGAGAUGCUGCGGCAUCUGCAACCCAAAGGGACCAUGGUCACCUACGGGGGCAUGGCAAAGCAGCCCGUGACAGUUCCAGUGAGCGCCUUCAUCUUCAGGGACGUGAGGCUGCGCGGCUUCUGGAUGACCCAGUGGAAGAAGGACCACGCACAUGACAAGGAGAGCCUGAGCAGCAUGAUGGACACCUUGUGCCAGCUGGUGCAGAGGGGACAGCUCGGCGCACCCGCCUGCACCACAGUCCCACUGGAGGACUUCAAGGAGGCCCUGGUGGCCUCCACGCAGCCCUUCACCUCCUCCAAGCAGGUCCUCCUCCUCUGACUGCUCGCAGGCCUUCCUGUUGGUGUCUGCAGAGGGAAAGCUCCACGUCCACUGAUUUUUUUCUUUUGUUCCUUUUUUUAUUUUUGGGUGCCCACUUCAAGGUUUAAAAGCCUCUGGAAGUUUACCCAGGUGGCACCGUGAGCGCAGGCGGGGGUUGCUUCUGGAAGGAGAUUUUGAUCUCGCUUUAGCUCGUUGUUAGUUUUGUUGCAGCAGAAAGCCUCUCCUGGGCCUAUCUCAAGGGAAAGGAGCCUCUCUCUUUGCAGAUGGACUUACACAGCAAAACCACUUUUUAAAAAUAUGUAUUUUAUUUUUUUAUUUUUUUCCCUACACAGCACAUGCAGUGCUGGCAGGACUAGGGGAGCACCCAUGCCGGCUGGAGGACAAGGGGACAAUGUAGGGACAGGAUUCGGGUCCCCAUCCCUGCGUUCACCCCGCAGCUCACCAGCCGGAGCCUCCAAUGUGACUUCUGCAAUACCUGGACUUGAAUUCAGUUUUGCUGCUCUUACUGAACCAGUGCCACUACUGAUCGUGCGAUGCACAGAGAAACCUCUUGAAAAUCGAUGUCUAAUAUAUGUCUAUUUUUGCAAGAUGCUGCCAAUAAACUUUUGUGUGCUCAAAGCA